AGUAGGCCCAUUUGUCGCGUGCACCAUGUCUGGUUCCUCAAGUGUCACCGCUAUGAAGAAAGUGGUUCAACAGCUCCGGCUGGAGGCCGGGCUCAACUGCGUAAAGGUUUCCCAGGCAGCUGCAGACCGAGAACAAUUCUGUCCGCAGAAUGCCCAACAUGACGCCCUGCUAACUGGAGUAUCUUCAAGUACCAAUCCCUUCAGACCCCAGAAAGUUUGUUCCUUCUUGUAAUGAAAUGAAUCAUUGAAGGUGUUCUAAUCCACUUUUC